AUGAAUGCAAAAUUCUUAGAGGAUCUUAAACAUAGUGGGAGUGCUUAUCCUCAAAGGAUUGAAUUAGAGGAAGCACAAGAGUUGACUGAUGCUCCUUUAUCUAAAGGACGUUUGAUUAUGUUUAAGGAAAGCCAAACAGAUUGCCUUGAACCACAAUCAAUUUCAGAACAGUCAGCUCAUGAGGAACAAGUUCAUAUUGAACCUACUCAACCCCCUCAAAAUGAGGAGGAGGAGCAGAUGAAGAAUAUUCCAUAUGCAUCUGCAAUUGGCAGUCUAUUGUAUGCACAAGUUUGCACUAGACUUGACAUUGCGAUGGCAGUUGAAAUGUUGGGUCGAUAUCAAAGUAACCCAGGAAUGGAACAUUGGAAAGCUGCAAAGAAAGUCAUGCGGUAUUUGCAAGGAACAAAGGACUACGGUUUGACAUUCAGACACACUGACCAUUUGGAGGUGGUUGGGUAUUCAAAUUCAGAUUUUGCUGGAUGUGCAAAUAGUAGAAAAUCUACUUCAGGGUAUAUCUUUCAAUUGGCUGGAGGGGCUAUAUCCUGGAGAAGAGAAGAAUAA